AGAAAAGGUAUUAAAGUCGAAAGAGAUGACAGAGAGAAGUUAGAUAAAACAUAACAAAAAUCUAUGUUUAAAAUUUUUGUAAAAAGUCAUAAAAAAAGCAUUGGAGAGGGUGUGAAAUUUAUAGGACGGUGAAGUUUGAAUUCAUCUUAAAAAAAUCUUGCCAUGGAGUUGUCCCACAGUUUAACUUUAAAUGAAGAAGCACUUGCUCAAAUUGAUGAAACUAAAAGACCUGUUUUCAUUUUCGAGUGGCUCAGAUUUUUGGAUAAAGUUCUUAUUGCUGCUCAGAAGAAUGAUAUAAAGGGAUGUCAAAAACAAUUAGUGCAACAGUUAAUGAAUCACAUACAGGAAUCUCCUGGACCUCCAACACGAAAACUAAUUGCAAGAUGUCUUGCAACUUUGUUUUCAGUGGGUGAUACUUUUCUGUUAUUUGAUACAGUUAACAAAUGUAAUGACAUUCUAAAGAACAAAGAUGAUUCCCCAAGUUUUUUGCCUACAAAAUUGGCUGCAAUUUGCUGUAUUGGCACAAUGUAUAAAAAAUUAGGUAGAAUGAUGGGUAGAUCAUAUGAAGAAACUGUUCAUAUUUUAAUACGAUGUCUACGGAAUGCUGAGUCACAGACAAGGAUUGAAAUAAUGUUAACCUUGGAAAAAGUUUGUGCUGGCAUGGGAACUGCUAUAAAUAAUGUACAUAAGGAUAUCUACAAAGCAACUCGGCAUUGUCUUAUUGAUCGUGUCAUGGCUGUUAGAUGUGCAGCCACUAACUGUCUCCUAGAAAUGCUAAACCAUGCUCCAUUUUUAUAUACAACUGAAUUAGAAAGCUUAGCAACGUUAUGUUUUAGAGCUUUUGAUGGAUCAAAUUAUAUAGCACGAUGCACUGUUGCAAAAUUAUUAGGAACUUUAAUGGCAAUGACUCAACAGUUACAUCAAAAUAAUGGAAAAGGUCAGACACAAAAAGGAGUUAAAAUUAUAUCAUUAGAUGAAGCCUUAGGAGUGUUUAUGUCUGGAUUUCUUAGAGGUGGAGUUGGUUUUCUUAAAGGAACAGGAGAAAUUAUUAAAGGCGGCUCUGGAGUCAAUAGAGAAGUGCGAGUUGGUGUAACCCAUGGCUAUGUGACUUUUGUCCAAAUUUUGGGAACUAAAUGGCUAGAAAAAAAUAUGAAAACAUUCUUGUCACAUAUACUUUAUUUAGCUGCAAAUCCUAAAGCGGCUUCAUCCCAUGUAGACGCAGUAUAUUCUAGAAAAUGUAUCAAUUUUAUUUUGAGAAGUGUUUUGGGAAAAAUGUUGGGAGAACGUGCUCAAUCAUCAGCUUGUAAAGAUAUAGCACACAUUAUAGUCAAAGAAAUGAAUUCAAUUGAUUUUAAUCCUGAAAAUGCAAAAGACGUUAAUCAAGAGACCUUAUUUAGUCAACAUUUAUUAGUUUGUGCACUUCAAGAAAUUGGUGUAUUAGUUUUAAGUUUAGGAACAUCAGCACAUGACUUGAUUACUGAUCAAUCAUUAAAUUUGAUAGACGUAACCCUUAGUGUUUUAAUACAUCCGUGUCAUGCUGCAAGGUUAGCAGCAGCUUGGUGUCUCAGAUGCAUUUGUGUUGCUGUACCUAGUCAAAUUUCACCUCUUAUAGAUCGCUGUGUUAAUGGCAUUGAACAAUUUCGAACAUCACCUGAGGCAAUAUCAGGUUAUAGCUCAGCUUUAGCUGCAGUUUUGGGAGGAGUUAAACUAUCUCCUCUUGGAAUACCACACAUGAAGGGAAAAAUUAUAUUUAAUACUGCAGAGGAAUUAUUGAGAAGUGCAAAUCAAAAUAGUAGACUUUCUUUAAAUAGAACUCAUGCUGGUUGGCUUCUUAUUGGAGCAAUAAUGACCUUAGGUAUACCUGUUGUAAAAGGAUUAUUGCCAAGAAUGUUAUUAUUAUGGAGAAACUCAUUUCCACGGUCUACAAGGGAAUUAGAUUCUGAAAAAGCCAGAGGAGAUGUUUUUACAUGGCAAGUUACUCUUGAGGGACGGGCGGGGGCUUUAUCAGCUAUGCACAGUUUUCUUCAAAAUUGCCUAGAAUUAGUUACAGAAGAUAUUACAAGGAGAUUGCUUACACCUAUAGAAUCUGCUCUAGCCAUGCUUGCAAGUAUAUCUGGAAUCUUGAAAAAUUAUGGACAGCAUCUGAAAGCACCAGCAGCAAUGGUCAGACUUAGGCUGUGUGAAACUCUUCUACUUCUUCAUCCUCAGUACUAUGAAAAUUCCUAUACUCAUUUGUUAAGAAUGCUUGUGGCCGAAUUUACGCUGACUGAAAAUCCAGCAAACACAACAACUUCACAAUUACUUACUGCAUGCCAUGCUUAUGACUCAGUUAUAUUUGGAACUUGGCUACAAGAAACAGAUCAUAGGACAAUAGAAGAUCAGCUCCAGUCAAACAGUGCAGCUGGUUCAGGAGCUUUAGAACAUGAUCCAUGCUGUCUUUAUCGCCAAGUCAAUAUGGGUGAAUCAAUACCAGGUCCUCUUCCACUAGGAGUAACUGUGAUAGAUAUAUCUGUUCUAUUAUUUGGACAAAUUUUUCCUAGGGUAACAAAUAAACAUAGAGUUCAAAUGCUUGAUCAUUUUACGGAAUGUAUAAAACAUGUAAGAAGUACAAGACAAGAAGCAGUACAAAUGAAUGUAUUUACUGCCCUUUUAAGUGCUCUGAAAGGCUUAACAGAAACUAAAGUCAAUAUCAAUCAAGAGGACAUUAAAAAAUCUGCUGUAAAUCUUAUUAUAGGAGCCAUAGUUUCUCCGAAUCCCCUAUUAAGGUAUGCAGCAGCUGAUGCUGUUGGAAGAAUGGCCCAAGUUGUCUAUGACCCUAAAUUCACUGCUGAACUGGCUCAAACUAGCUUUGACCGACUUAAAUCUGCUAGAGAUGUGGCCAGUCGAACAGGACACUCAUUAGCAUUAGGUUGUCUUCAUAAAUAUAUUGGAGGAAUGGGAUCUAGUCAGAAUCUUAAUACAAGUGUGUCAAUUCUUUUAGCACUUGCACAAGAUCAGACAUCCCCUAUUGUCCAAGUAUGGGCACUCCAUGCUUUGGCUUUUAUUGUGGAUUCUGGAGGUCCAAUGUUUAGAGGAUAUGUUGAACCAAGUCUGUCUCUGCUUCUGAAGCUUUUGCUGAACGUUCCACAGUCACAUAUUGAUGUUCAUCAGUGUAUUGGGAAAGUUUUAUCUGCAUUGAUUACUACAGUAGGUCCAGAAUUACAGGGGAAUACAUCAAGUAUUUGCACAGCUCGAUCAUCUUUCUUAUGCGCUUGCGCUAUAAUGCAAGAUCAUCAUGAUCCUUUAGUACAAGCUGAAGCAACUGGAUGCCUUCAACAAUUACAUUUAUUUGCACCAAAGCAUGUCAAUCUAUCUUCACUAGUGCCAACUUUAUGUAAAACAUUGUUUAGAGGUCAUCUUCUUUUAAGAAAGGCUGCAAUAUCAUGUCUACGACAGUUGGUUCAAAGAGAAGCAAAAGAGGUAUGCGAUCAUGCUAUGAAUUUUGCUAGCGAUAGUAAGGAAAAUAACAAAGUUGAAGGGUUCUGUAUAACAGAAACUGGACUACCUGGAAUAUUUUUCAGCAUGUUAGAUACAGAGACAGAUCCUAGUCUUAUAAAGGAUAUACAUGAUACUAUUAUAAGUAUGUUACAAGUUCUAGCCGCUGAUAAUCUAUCUCAGUGGUUAGGAAUGUGCAAAGAUGUAUUAACUGUAGCAACAGAAGCAACCAUUGACGAUCGAUUAAAUAAUAUGAAUAAUGAAAAUGAGGAAAUGUAUGAACCAGAUGAUGACCAAGCUGAAUUUCACACAGAGGACUCUUCACUAUCAGCUGUUCAACCGAGAUGGCCAACUAGAGUAUUUGCUGCUGAAUGUGUCAGAAAAAUUAUUUCUGCUUGUGAAUCAAACAGAUCUGCUCAUUUUGAUUUGAUAAAAGCUAAAGAAUUGCAAGCAACAAAUGGAAAAAGUGACUUCCUUUGUUUUCACUUAUCUGAUCUUAUUAGAAUGGCAUUUAUUGCAGCUACUAGUGACUCUGAUCCUUUGAGGUUAGAAGGAUUAAAAACUUUACAAGAGAUUAUUGAAAAAUUUGCCAAAGUUCCAGAGCCAGAAUUUCCUGGACAUCUUCUUCUUGAGCAAUUCCAAGCUCAAGUAGGUGCUGCUUUAAGGCCUGCUUUUUUACCAGAUACAUCUUCUUUGGUAACAGCUGCAGCUUGUGAGGUUUGUUCAACCUGGAUUGGUUCUAAUGUUGCCAGAAAUCUCAAUGACUUGAAAAGAGUACAUCAGCUGCUGGUUUCCUCACUUACGAAGUUUAGAAAUAAAAAUAAUUCAAGUCAACUAUAUAAUGAAAGCUUGGUUACUUUGGAAAAAUUGUCGAUAUUAAAGGCCUGGGCAGAGGUCUAUGUUGUUGCUAUGAAAGGUAGCGAUAUGGUUCCUAAUUUUUCACUGGGAAUCAAAUUAUCUACUGAUAUAGAAAAUAAAGAGUUUAAUUAUGAAUACCAAGGGGACAGCUUACUUACUUUAGUCCAACCUGAAUUGAUCAGUUUAUCACAGUAUUGGAUGAUGGCAUUAAAGGAUCAUGCAUUAUUGUCAUUACCAAAUGAAUUUAGUAGUCAACUGCCGCACGAUGGCGGUGCUUUUUAUACUAAUGAAACCAUGGAUUUGUCUAGACCUUAUUAUGCUUCCUUUUGGCCUCCUAUUCUCCAUGCUACAGCUUUGUGGUUAAAUUCUGGAAAUUUUAAGACGUCAAAUCGAGAUAACAAUGAACGUUUCAAUAAUAAUCAAAACAAUCGUGAUAAUGAUAAUUCUUCAGAUAGAUUUCAUUUAUUAUUUGGUAUUUGCAUGGAAGCUUUAUGCAGUCCUCGUUCUGUCGAACCUCUGGAGAGUAUCAUAACAUGUCUUAAAGCCCUUUAUACUGUACUUGAUACCAAGUAUACCAGAGUCUUACUAAUGUCAGAUUCGUCUUUAGGAAUAGAAAUGUGUAAUGUUCUCCAUAGACUUAUUUUAACGAGAGACAAUCACAAUUGCCAGUUAUUAUGCUUAGAAAUUUUGCAACAAGUGGUAAAAGCCGCCCAAGAAAACAUCAGUAAAAAGAAAUCGGCUAGUGAAAUAGAUAACAGUAUUGAUAUUUUUGGAGAAGGAGGUGAAAUGGGAGAUCUUAUUCCAGGAAAAUCUCUAGUGGUGUCUAUUUUAGAAGUAUGUCUUUGUCUAUUAAUUAGACAGUUGCCAAAUUUAAGCCCAUCCACGAAUUCUGCGGUCAUAAAUUCAAUAAAAGUUAUGUCGUCUUCUGAAAAAUCUGAUCAGUUAAUAGCCGCCUCAAUUCGAUGCAUGGAAUACUUGCAUACUGUGUGCUCUCCAAAAGGAGCUUUAUCUAUUUUGCCUACAAUUCUUUAUCUGAUUACAGGAGUUAUUAAAGAAGUAGCAACAACUAACAAUAACAAUGUUACAGUUUUGGCAAAUAAUACAUCUAUACAAGCUGCUUUACAUUGCUUAAAACUUUUGGCAGCUGAUAAUUACUGUACUCAUCCAGAAAGUGCUCAUGGCUGGCAAAAAUUACUUCAAAGUGCUUUAGCCAAAAUUAUUGAUCUUACAAAAAUUCGAAAUGAAGAUAGUAAAUUAGAUGAAGUAACCAUGAUGUUAGCAAUAGCCGUAUUUGUAUUGAAUGCUCCCCAUAAAGUAAUAGUAGUGCCGAAUCUCCAAUAUCCUUGUAUUAACUAUUUCAGACAAUGUUUAGAAAGUCCUAAUUGUGUGAUCAAAUUAAAAUGUGUACGAACUUUAAAGUCAUUAUUUGCUCAUGAGAAUAAACUAAUUUCUGUCCCUUAUAUUUUAUCGUUGGCACCAUAUUUGGUGGAAUUUUUAUACAGUGAAGCUGCGAGACAACCACAUUCUGAUGGUGAAUUAUUAGUUACUAUCGAAACAAUAACGGUCGUAGAAUCUCUUAUAGAAUUUGCUGAACCUGAUAAACGUAUUCAGAUGUUAGGUUUAUUGAUACCAGUCUUGGUGAGUUAUUUAUCGCCAGAACCUCUCAUAAGAAAUAAAUAUAGCCAAUCAUUAAAUGAUGUUAGUUUGCAAUGGUUGAUGAAAAUUGGACCCAAAUAUCCAGAGGAGUUCAAAACAAUGAUGCAAUCGGAAGAAUUGCGUAUAAAAUUAGAAAAUACAAUACGCAACAGUCAAUCUCAAAAAUGUAUAUCUAAGAAUGACGUCAAUCAGAAUCAACAGCUGCAAAAUAAUACUCCAACAAUAAAAUUGAAAACCGAUUUUAGCAAUUUUUCUUAAAUUAUAUGCAAAGUAUCACAAUUAGAUAAGUGUGUCAAAAUAAUUUAAAAAAUUUAUGUAAAAGUAAAGUUUUAUAAAACA